AUGGCAAACGGCAAGACGGCUCGCAGGAACAAGACGAUGACCGAAGCUAAGGGCGAGCGCGAGGGAGACGAUGAACACUUGGCUGCCGCUCGUGCUCGCCCUCGCCGUCAGCCUGGCGCGCGGCGGAGCCCUGGACGACACGCUCGUGCUCGCGCUCUGCGUCGCGGGCUGUUCCGGCGAAAUAUCCCACGCCUCGGCCAGCCAUCUCUGUCCAACGUAAGUCUGCAAUGCAAGGACAGCAAUCGGCUAGUAAUAAGGCACAAUCCUGGUUUGUACGUGAUCGAGCGCCAGAGCAAGGGUAGCGACAUUUGGACUCAUCCAGAAAUCAGCAGCGAGACGAUCCACGAGUCUCUCGGUUUGAGCGACGGCGCGGAGUACCGGUAUCGCGCCAGCAGAGUGUCGGCGGCCGGAGUGGCCAGGCCCGACGUGACGCCCUGGUUUCGGACUCACGGGGGACGAUUCGUGCCGGGAGCAGCGAAGGGCGUGUCGAUCGGCCGCAUCGAGGCGAGCGACGAGCAGUCCGGACCGCUACGAGCCGAGUUGCACAUUGUCCCCCCCGACGAUCUCAACUGCUUGUACCACAUCGUUCACUGGGCAGAAGGGCACGAGCUGCACCAUUACCAAUUCGACGCGAAGCGCGGGUUCCGUUACGAGCUGAAUCGCCUGCGGUACGGCAGGAGCCACACCGUCUACGUGAUAUCCAGGAACGAGAGAGAUCUGCGGGAGAGCGCCAACGUCACGCUGACCUUCGCCACGCCCUCGUGCCUCGGCUUCCACCACAACUUGAGCAUAUGCGCACCCGCGCGAACGACGGGAGUCGGCAUUGUCGAGCAGCGCCGAGGCGUAAACACGGUGGAUCUGACGAUUAAUUGGGACGAGCCGGCGAUGCAUCCAGACAAUUACACGAUAGUCGUUCAGCCCGUGGACUGCGACAAUUGCAGCGUGGAAAUCAGUGUCUUCGGGAACGAGACCGCGGCAAAGAUCUUGGGAUUGUCGUACGAUCGCCAGUACAAAAUCGGCAUUAUCGCGGAAUCGGAGGGAGGCUCGAGCUUCGAGUGGACGCUGUUCUCGGCGGCGAGGGAGUCGUCCAUAGCUGGCAUGCAUCCCGCCGUCGCUGUCUCGGCUCUGGCGACGCUUUUCAUCUUCGGCAUGAUCGUUUGCACUCUGUGCCGCUGUAAGAAACUCGGCGUCCAUUACUGCCAUUACAAUUUCUUCGAGGACAUCGGUCGGAACGGCGUCACAUUGGACGUAAUCAAGAGCCCAUUGAAAUCGUCGCUCGGUUACGACUUGGAAGAGAGCAGCAAGACCAAGGACAAGUUCGAGAUAGCUGCCGAUCGCCUGCGUGUAAAAAAGAUUUUAGGCAGCGGCAUCGGUGGCAUAGUCAAGCUGGCCACUUUGCAGGACGACCAAAAACGAACUUACGACGUGGCCGUCAAAGUGCUGCGAGAAGACGCGAGUGCGGAGGACGUUAGAAAUUUCCAUCGCGAGAUUUUGCUGAUGAAGUCCGCCGGCAAUCAUCCCAACAUUGUAUCUUUGAUCGGCUGCUGUACCAUCAGCAAAUACCCCGUGCUGAUCGUCGAGUACUGCAGUAAAGGCGACUUGCUGUCUUACUUGAAGCAGAUGUUGGAAGAGACGACGACAGCUUUCUCGAAGCAAAUCGAGUGGCCAGCGCAUACGGAACUUUCACCAUUUCUGCCUCAAGAGAAUGCCAACUCGUCGUGUGCAAUCAAUAACCGCUUGUACGACGUUCAAACAGCGGAAGCUCUGAUAGAAAGUAAAAUCAGCCCAAAAGACCUACUGAAUUUCGCUCGGCAAGUGGCUUCGGGUAUGGAGUUUCUGUCGUCUAAUCGCAUUGUGCAUCGUGAUCUCGCUGCUCGCAAUGUCCUCGUGUGCGCCGACAGAACGGUGAAGAUAUCCGACUUUGGUCUCAGUCGUGACAUUUAUCAAGAGAACGUAUACAAGAAGCAAGGCGACGGUAAACUACCAUUCAAAUGGAUGGCCAUCGAAGCUCUAACUCAUCAAGUUUAUACUAGCCAGAGCGACGUUUGGUCGUUCGGGAUUUUGCUUUACGAGAUCGUAACUUUGGGCGGCAACCCGUAUCCAGCAUUGGAGGCCGGUGAAAUUUUACAUCUACUCAAAUCGGGAUAUCGCAUGGAAAGGCCGUCGAACUGCGGAUCCCAACUGUACGAGCUAAUGCGAUUGUGCUGGCACGAAAAUCCGAUGAAGAGACCGUCGUUCAACGAACUAAAGCUACAUCUUGACAAGCUCAUUUCCACGAUGGCCUCCAACGAAUACUUGAAUCUCACAGUACUUUUACGAGAGCCGCACUUCCGGCAAUUUGGCGCGUUCGAAAGAAAAGACCGAAAUAUAUUAAUGAUGCCAAGUAUCACUUAAAUUUGCGGAUAACUAAAAU